GAGGUCACGUGAGUGGAGGCCAGCAGUCACGUGAGUGGAGGCCAGCAGUCAUGUGAGUGGAGGCCAGCAGUCACAUGAUGUCAAUCCACCGCUAAUGUCAAUAUUCAACAAGGUUUUACAAACCGCCAGGGUUAAGCAUGGAAGAAGAGGCGAGGGAAGAUGACAGUCCCCAAACCCAGAGGGAACCUUCUUGUAACGAUCUCAAGCAAUCAUCUCAAGAUUUGCCAGUUCCAAACGAACCAGUUGCCAUGGAAGAGGUGGUAAUAAUCGACAAAAAAGCUGUAGAAAAACUCACAGAAGGCCUACUAUCCCACUACCUUCCUGAUCUACAAAACUCCAAAUUAGCUCUACAAGAGCUUACACAGAACCAAGUAGUCCUUCUAGAUACACUGGAUCAGGAAGUCACCAAGUUCAGAGAAUGCAACAGUCUUCUAGACCUAAACUCACUGUUUACAGAGGCUAAGGUUUAUCACACCAAGCUUGUGACCAUACGGAAAGAGAUGCUUAUGCUCCAUGAGAAGACCACCAAACUAAAGAAACGGGCGUUGAAGCUGCAGCAGCAGAAGCAGAAGGAAGCCCUGGAAAAAGAGCAGCAACGCGAGAGAGAGCUGGAGAGGGAGAGACAGCUCGUCGCCAAACCCGCCAGAAGAACAUAGUGGCACGACCGCCGCUGCCGGCACGCCAAUGGUGCUGAUGCUUUACCUGUCCAGCUGCAUUACCUGUCUGUCUGCGAGAAACGCACCAAACCAAAGACACAGACUGAAUCCUAGAAUGCUGGUUCAUCUCCGGUCGGUGUCCGAUGACAUGCAGCCCCGAACGUACUCACAGCUUCCAACAUGGUGUGGUUGAAAUUACACAGACUGGCAGUCCAUUACCAGAUAAAUCACUGCAAAUCCCCUUGAGGAAUCACUGCAAUCAACGUUGUAUAUAUGUUUUUUUUUUAUAAGACAAAAUGUUAGGUGUUAACUGAACUAUGCUUUAUGGGUCGACAUGGCACCCGUGUUCUGUUGGUGUAAGUCUGUGCAUUUUAGGUCAGGUAGGUCUAUCUUGAUUCUGAAUGAUCCAUUUUGGUAUAGGGUGGGAUUCGGUUCAAAUGUUGUGUUGGGGUUGUCUUAUACUCUAAAUGUAUAGCAUGUCUUACAAAUAGUUGUGCUGCACUGUUAAGCACUUAAGCUUACAACAUGUUUAUACCAAUUGUAUUAAAAUCCAAGCAUAUCAGUAAUGCCCUAGUGCAUUACGAGGAUAUUUAUUCAACAUGUUUUAGUGCCACAACUCUUCAUGAAGGGUGUUUGUGCCUACUAUAGCAAAGCAUUUGCUGUACACUUGCGUCCUAUACAUUCAUGUAAAACAAUAACACAUACUUACAAAUUUACUAAUUAAUAAACUGUUUUAUGGUUUUGUUUA